AUGGCGAGCUCGAACAACAUCAAGGUCGUUUGUAGGUUUCGGCCUGUCAACAAGAUCGAGGAGCGUGAGGGAGGCGAAGUGGUCGUGUCCUUCAGUGACAACCUCCAGACCAUCUUUAUGAAAUCGGCCCAGUUGUCGACAGGUCCAGAGAAAGAUGGCUUCACAUUCGAUCGAGUCUUCCCUAUGGGCACGAAACAGAAUGAGAUCUUCGAGUACGGUGUAAAGGACAUCGUGAAAGACGUUCUGGAUGGAUACAACGGCACGGUCUUCGCCUAUGGUCAAACGGGUAGUGGAAAGACGUUCACCAUGAUGGGCUCUGACAUCGAUGAUCCCGAGCUGAAGGGUAUUAUCCCUCGUAUAACCGAACAGAUCUUCCAGUCUAUCGUCGAAAGUGACUCGCAUUUGGAAUACCUCGUCAAGGUCUCCUACAUGGAGAUCUACCUCGAGCGAAUCCGAGAUCUUCUCGCACCGCAAAACGACAAUCUUCAGGUUCACGAAGAGAAGUCGAAGGGUGUUUAUGUGAAGAACCUUUCCGAUUACUACGUGAGCAGUGCCCAAGAGGUCUACGAAAUCAUGAGAACUGGCGGCAAUGCUCGUGUGGUUACAGCGACAAACAUGAACGCGGAAUCUUCACGGUCCCAUUCCAUCUUCCUCAUUUCUAUACAGCAACGCAACACCGAGACUGGCGCGAUUAAGACCGGUAACCUUUACCUCGUAGAUUUGGCAGGUUCAGAGAAAGUCGGCAAGACAGGCGCUUCCGGCCAAACACUAGAAGAAGCGAAGAAGAUCAACAAGUCGCUUUCUGCGCUCGGUAUGGUUAUUAACGCCCUCACCGACGGAAAGGCCAAGCACAUCCCUUACCGUGACUCAAAGCUCACACGGAUCUUGCAAGAAUCACUUGGAGGAAACUCUCGCACAACCCUCAUCAUCAACUGCUCUCCUUCAUCCUACAACGAAGCGGAAACUUUAUCCACUCUGCGUUUCGGUAUCCGUGCCAAAUCUAUCAAGAACAGCGCUCGUGUCAAUGCCGAACUUUCACCUCUCGAACUCAAGGGCCUUCUCGCCAAAGCGCAGGUCGCCAACAAUUCAUUCAAGACUUACAUCGCAGCGCUCGAGGCAGAGCUCGCUAUCUGGAGAUCCGGCGGAAAGGUUGAGGAGAGCGAAUGGGCAAUGCCGGGCAAGGGCGCCGCUGCAGCUCCUGCUGCAACCACCAAGAAGCCCUCGGUAUCCCCUUCGCCUUCGGCUUCAUUGUCGACAUCUACGUCGCGCAGUAUGACACCUGUGAACCCAGCCGUCGAGUCCCUCAAAGACUUGGACAGCCGACCUCAAACACCAACAGUCAUCGGGCUUGACAAGGACGAACGGGAAGAGUUCCUCAGGCGCGAGAACGAACUAUCCGAUGCUUUGGCGGAGAAGGAGAGUGCCCUGGCCGCCGCCGAGAAGUUGGUCAAGGAACUCAAGGAGGAGCUCGCCUUCCUUAAGGAUCAAGAGGCAGCUGUGAACAAGGAGAACCAAGCAAUGUCCAGUCAACUCAACGAGUUGAGGCUCCAAGUCGAGCGACUCGGCUACGACAACAAGGAGGGUAUCAUUACAAUCGACAUCCUCAAGGAGCAGAACCAGGAUAUCAAGAAUGAGUUGGAGGAGGUUCGCAAGCAGUUGACCGACCUCAAAGCCAAUCAGAAGGAUUCCUCUGCUGAGGAUAAAGAGAAGCGCAAGCAAGAGAAGAUGGCUCUCAUGAUGGCCAAGUUCGAUUCUGGCGCCUUUUCCGACAAAGACGAUCAGUUACGACAAAUUCUCAUCAAGCUCGAUACCAUUGAUUCGGCGGAGCCCCUCACGUCAGAGGACCUCACUUCAAUUCGUCGACAGCUAUCUGAGGGUCAAGCGCUACUCAAGGAGACUGUCGAUAAGCUUAGACAAUCUCAGGAGGAGAACGAUUUGCUCGUGAGAAGGAAAGACGAAUUGGAGAACCGAAUUACCAGUCUGGAGGCGGAGUAUGAGGAGCUCUUGGAGAAAACCAUUCAAGAUGAGGAGACCAGUAAUGCGGACACCGCGGAGGCGGUGGCUGACCUUAAGGCCAAACUUGAGGCGCAAUACAACGCGAAGCGAGAAGCCCAACAGAAUGAAGUCAACGAUUUGAAACAGCAAUUGGAGCUUCGAAAUAACGAAAUCCGUAACCUUAACGCCUCCAUCGAUACACUAAAGAGCGUCAACGAGGAGCUCAAGCGCGCUUUCGCCGUGACAUCGGCUGGUAUUGAGGGCGGAAAGAACCUCGCCGAGAGUGCUCAAGAUCUCGAGAGAACACGCAAGGCUAUCAACAUUCAAUUGGCGGAAUUCGAUGGUGUAAAGAAGUCGUUAAUGCGGGACUUGCAGAACCGAUGUGAAAAGGUUGUCGAAUUGGAGAUCCAGCUCGAUGAGAUCAAGGAGCAAUAUAACAAUGUCAUCCGAAAUAGCAACAGCAAGGCCCAACAGAAGAAGAUGGCCUUCCUUGAACGUAACCUCGAACAGCUGACAUUGGUUCAAAAACAACUCGUCGACCAGAAUUCCGCUUUGAAGAAGGAGGCAGGUAUUGCCGAGCGGAAGCUACUUGCUCGAAACGAGCGCAUUCAGAAUUUGGAGGCUCUUCUUCAGGACGCAGAUAGGAGAUUAUCUGUUCAGAAUCAGAAAUUCGAAGCGCAACUCCAAGCAGUCAAGGAGCGGCUAGAUCAAGCACGAGCAUCCAAAGCGGCCACGGCAUCGCCGUUGAACUUUGGUCGUAUCGCUAAGCCUCUACGGGGUGGUGGAGGAAGUGUACCUGCAGGCAGCCCAAUUGCAACAGCCGUUCCGUCGGCCAAUCCUUUGGCCAGAUUGCAGAACGAGGAAGGAGGGUGA